AUGGACCUGUCCGAGAUCCCGUUCAACGUUCCGAUCAUCAUCCACUCGAUCCGCAUGCAGACCAAUCUGCAGAACCCUCUCGGAUCCAAGAAAGCGCGUUGCCUAACCAACAAUCGGGACAUGUACGAGCACGUCAUCUUGCACCGUGUGCGCGACGAUAAGGUCGCUAUCCAGUCUCGACGCAACGGCCGCUUCCUACAAGUUCGUACGUGCGGGGAAUGCGUGUUCGACCCUACGGAACCUGGUGACUGGGAACUCUUUACCAUGGAGACGAACGCGGAGUGCUCUCUCUACUUUGUGUCGUGCCACACGGGAAAGGUCCUCCAGUGUGCUGACAACGGCAUCGUUCAGUGUGCCAAUCAGCUGCGGGAGUAUUGGGAAGCGUGGAGGAUUGUCGAGCCCCGCACCAGUGCUACCAUCAGUCCGAUGAAGGAGAAUGCAUCGAAUCCACGCUACGCCUUAGCGGAUACGGAACGCCAGCACGUGGUCGUGGAGCUUGCAAAGUGUGGCAAAACACCGGACGAGAUCGAGCAGAUCGUGACGAGACUGUUUGACGGUCCAGCUGAUCUUUAUGCUUCAAGCUCGACGGUGGCCGUCCCAGUGGCAAAAGAGUAG